GCUAAAAUCAAAAAAUAUAAAAAGAAUUGAAAUUGCCAAAAUAACAAAUGUGAUGGGAUUGAUUGUAAUCAUUGAUUAUACAGAAUUUAUUCCUGCUAAUAGGAGCACCCAUUUUAUAUAGUGCAUUUAUAAUAAGCCAUAAUAUAUUUCGUUCUAAGUUCAGUCAAAAUUAUUUGAUUGGACUAUUCCUUCUUCGUUUAGUACACAUGGUAACCACACCGGCCACUGUGCACAAAACAAACACGUGAGGAUGGGAGUCGGCAGUGUAUCGUCAUCAAUGCAUUAAAUGAAAUGAGAAAAAGGAAAGAUAAAUACGUCGGUUGUGUUUGUCUAGGGACUCGCAGUUGUGAUUUGUACCAAGGGAUAUCUCUGGAAUCCGCAUAUCCCCAUUUUUGUCUUGCUGAUCAUCAACCCAUUUAUUUAGUUUGAUCUUUGUGAUUUCGAUUUUGGUUUUCCAGGGAUUUCCCUUUUGAUUUGAAGAAAUGGAGGUAGUGGAUUACUUGAGUGAUGAGAGGAAUAAGGCGCAGUUCGAUGUGGAAGCCAUGAAAGUUGCUUGGGCUGGUUCUCGUGAAACUCUUGAACUAUCUGAGCGUAUGGCCAAGCUCGUUGCUAAUGAUCCUGCCUUUGAGAAGUUUACCAGACCUAUGCUUGGUAGGAAAGAGUUGUUCAAGAACACACUUAAAAAAGCUGCAUAUGCAUGGAAGUUGAUUGUUAAUCUUCGUCUAUCUGAAGAAGAAGCCAAAUGGUUGCGACUUUAUAUUGAUGAGCCUGCUUAUACUGAUCUUCACUGGGGAAUGUUCAUCCCAGCCAUAGAAGGACAAGGCACCGAGGAACAAAAGCAGAAAUGGUUGCCAUUGGCCCAAAAGAUGCAAAUUAUUGGUUGUUAUGCUCAAACAGAACUUGGUCAUGGAUCCAAUGUGCAAGGUCUUGAAACAACUGCAACAUUUGAUCCCCAAACAGACGAGUUUGUCCUUCACAGUCCUACUUUAACUUCAAGCAAAUGGUGGCCUGGUGGAUUGGGGAAAGUGUCAACACAUGGUGUCAUUUAUGCUCGCCUCAUAGUAAAUGGUCAAUUCCAUGGAGUUCAUGGCUUUAUUGUCCAACUAAGGAGCUUGGAGGAUCACUCACCUCUUCCUGGCAUUACUGUUGGUGAUAUUGGACUGAAGUUUGGAAAUGGAGCAUAUAACACCAUGGACAAUGGUGUUUUAAGAUUUGAUCAUGUGCGUAUACCAAGGAACCAAAUGUUAAUGAGGGUGUUACAGGUUACAAAGGAAGGAAAAAUCAAGCAAUCUGAUGUUCCUAGACAACUCAUUUAUGGGACAAUGGUGUAUGUUAGGCAAACAAUAGUAGCAGAUGCUUCCAAAGCAUUAUCUCGUGCUGUUUGUAUUGCCACAAGAUAUAGUGCUGUUCGCAGACAGUUUGGGUCACGUAAUGGUGGGCCCGAGACACAGGUGAUUGAUUAUAAAACUCAGCAAAGUAGACUCUUCCCUUUGUUGGCUUCUGCUUAUGCCUUUAGAUUUGUGGGGGAGUGGUUGAAAUGGUUGUACAUGGAUGUGAAGCAAAGAUUAGCAGCUAAUGACUUCUCAACUUUGCCUGAGGCACAUGCAUGUACUGCAGGGUUGAAGUCCUUGACAACUACUGCUACAGCUGAUGGAAUUGAAGAAUGUAGAAAACUAUGUGGUGGGCAUGGGUACCUUGUUAGUAGUGGGCUUCCUGAACUAUUUGCUGUUUACAUUCCUGCUUGUACAUAUGAAGGGGACAAUGUUGUCCUUCUGCUACAGGUUGCAAGGUUUUUGGUGAAGACAGUUUCGGAGCUGGGAUACAAAAAGCCAGUUGGGACAACAGGUUAUAUGGGACGAGCAGCAGAUCUGCUGCAAAAUAAUUGUGCUGUUCAAACCGCUGGGGAGUGGCUAAACCCUGAUGCGGUUGUGGAAGCAUUUGAGGCUAGGGCUGCUAGAAUGGCUGUUAGCUGUGGUCAACGGUUAGCCAAGUUUGAGAAUCCAGAAGAAGGUUUUGCAGAACUAGCGGCUGAUCUGGUGGAGGCAUCAGUUGCUCACUGCCAAUUAAUUGUUGUGUCCAAGUUCAUUGAGAAAUUGCAGCAAGAGAUCCCUGGAAAAGGAGUGAGAGAGUCGUUAGAGGUGUUGUGUUAUGUGUAUGCAUUGUUCCUUGUUCACAAGCAUCAAGGUGAUUUUUUGGCCACUGGGUAUCUUACCCCUAAACAGGCCUCACUUGCUAACGAUCAGCUCAGAACUUUGUACUCUAAGGUGCGUCCAAAUGCAAUAGCAUUGGUUGAUGCAUUCAGCUACACGGAUCACUACCUGGGUUCAAUUCUUGGGCGUUAUGAUGGGAAUGUGUAUCCAAAACUGUAUGAGGCUGCUUGGGAGGAUCCUCUCAAUGACUCGGAUGUGGUGGAUGGAUUCCAUCAAUAUGUCCAACCAAUCCUCAAACAGAAGCUGCACUCUGCUAAGCUAUAAUAGUUAUAAUAUCAUAGCAACUGCUGCCGAGUCUUUAGGCAUUGUUUUAACAUUCAUAAUGUGCGACUAAAUUAGUUGUUAAAAGACUAUUGAGUGUGCUGCUGCUUGCAAGAUUAAAACUAUGCUGCAUCAAAAUUAUGUAUGUAUGACUAUAAAAUUUUACUUGGUUUUCUUUAAAGGAAGUCAUUUCCGAACUUCACACCAAAGCCGCACAACUAGGGGUGUCGAACGUGUAAAAUUUUCGGGUUUCGGGUAGAACGGGUAUUUCCUUAAGAAAAUAAUACCCGACCUAUAUUGUAAUUCGGGUUUUCGGGUAUUCGGGUUUGAGGUCGGGUCAGGUAAUUAUCGGGUAUACCCGAAAUUUUUUUAAAUGACA